AUGCAUUAUGGGAGAUGUUUCACAAUUACAACUACCGCUGCCAUGCAUCGUUUGUUAUGUUUGCGAGCAUUUAUGGGCGUUCAGGCACGGGAGGACCUUCGCUCGAUUGCGGAAACCAACUACUUUGCACUGAUUGUUGUGGACCAUUUAAGUCAUUAUCAUGCUUGGCGCCCACGGUCAGUCUCUAAGACUAUGGUACGAUCAGAUGUUCCAGUCAAUAAGGCAGAGCCUCUGGCCACCCAGUCUCUACUGCCAUGCAGAGGCAACAGUCAACAUCUACGGUUGCUGAUAUGUGACAAGCUCCAGUUCACUGCAAGGAAGAUAACCAAACUGCAAGAGUCAGACCUGCUUAUAUUCAGCAAGCUUCUGUUCCUAGUGGAGAAGACUGUGGUCUCACGUUCAUAUUGGCCCAAGCGAAGCCCUGCUAAUAAUACCUCUGACGCUGCUGCUGCUGCUGCUGUGGCCUUGACGACGAAGCUGCUGUACUAUCACACCUACGACUCACUACACCACCUCCCUUGUCUCUCCACGUCGCUUCAUCUCGGUCAGGACGACCGCGCAUCUGUCUCAGACGGACGCAAGCAACAGACGUUAUAA